UUCAAAACACUGCUACGUUUCGGCCUCGCCAACUUCCACGUCCGUAAUUUUCCUUCCGGGAUUCUCUCGAUCUCUUUUCGUGGUUUCAACCCAUUUGUGCGUUCUUGGAUGUUCCUUUUCUUUUUCACUCCCUGAAUAGUUAAGGGCCAAGUUAUCAACUGCCCCUUUUUGUAAGAUCCAGUCCUUUCGAAGUUCUUCCGUCUUUCUUCCACAGUCCUUGUCGGCCAAACAGAGAUAUUUUACAGUCAUUAUCAUGGUUAUUGAAUAAAACAGCACAUUGAAGGCAUCAAUGGAAUUUGAUAACAAGCAGCGUGGUGUGCCUGGACGUGUUCCUGAAUAUGGUGCAAUUUUUAUGUCGAACAGUGCCACCAAAAGAGAAUGCUAUAGACGGAGACUAUUUGGCCUUCCAGCUUCUCAAGGCUUUUUUGUAAAGCAGGUUAAAGCUGGAAUGAUUUUGUUUUUGUUUGAAUAUGAGAAGAGAAAACUUCAUGGUGUUUUCCAGGCAUGCUCUGAUGGUGCACAGAGUAUUGUGCCCCAUGCAUUCCGUUCAUCUAGGAAGCAAUUCCCAUCUCAGGUAAAAAUGACUCCAAUUUGGCAUUGUAGCCCACUAAUUGAGGCUGAAUUUUAUGAGGCAAUCAAGGAAAAUUACUUUUCAGCUAACAAGUUUAACUUUGGGCUAUCUGAAAAGCAGGUACAUAGGCUUCUAUGCUUGUUUAGUUUGAGAAAGAUAACUGAUGACUUACCUCAAAGGCAACCGAACAAAGUUAAAGUCUCAACUGCGUGUACAAUGGGUAAAGGCACGAGAGUUGAUGAUGUUGAGGCUUUAAUGAGUGAUAAUGUAACAGACAGGGAUGAUCCCGAUGAUUAUGAUAGGCCCCUUCUCUUGACUGAGGACCCUCUAAAAUCGUCUUGCUAUUUCAUUGAAAGAGAACACGAUGAACGAAGGUUUGCAAACAGUUUGGGAGUGGGAAAUAAAUAUAAUGUUUACAAUGAGCAUGGGCCAGUUACCGCGAAUGAGUAUCUCGGGGAUUCUUUGGCUACAGUUGGAAGGGAUGGGGGCAGAUUUGCUCUGUGUGAGAGGUCAGGGAGUGAAUGUACCUUGGCUAGUGAACAUGGACCCGUCAUGUCAAAUGGUCAUUCUGGGUUCCUUUUGGGUACAGUUGGCCAAGAUCCAGAUGAUGGCGGGCUUGCAACGAUUGAGAGGCUAGAAUGUGAACGUGAAAUGGAUGGUGGACUUGUGCCAUCCUUCUCAGCUGUGUGCUCCAGUAUAUUGCAACCUAACCUAAAUAGAUCCAUCAACUCUCACAAUCCCAUUUGGAAUGCAGGUUCUGUGGUUGAAGAUCAGCUGAGGCCUCAUUCCACAUUUUCAGGCUCAAUUGAGCCACAAAUCUCUUACCCUUUGCAUUCAACAUUGUACGGAGAUGCAAUUGGUAUGAGCACAAGCCCUUUUGACCCUCAUAUUGCCGGUAUUAACUCAAGGCACUCAAUUUCAUCACCUUCUGAAAUUGAUCACAGCUCUAAUUCAUUGCAAGAACGUUCUUUUUUUGGAAAAUAUGCUAGGACUUUCAUUCGUUCCCCCAGAAACCAAUCCUAUUUCCCAUUGGUAGGGCCUAAUGAUAUAAAGAAAUGUCAAAAUGACAGUUCUGGCAUUGGAAACUGUGUUCCUCUCUCUAUCUACAACCAUCAGGAAAAUUUUUGCUACGAGACAAGUAAGCCUUUUUUGGGGGCUUCUUAUUCUGAAAACUCAACCACGGAAAUUUCUGAGAAUAAAGGUUUCAAAGGCCUCUCUUUUUCACGUCGUCCUUCAGCUCCUGUGCCUUUAUUAGAGACUGGGAAUAGUGGGAACGAAAACAAGUUUCCAUCAUCUUAUUCUUCCAGUCCUGGUAUCUACCCUUGCUUAAACUUUGAUUAUGGCUUUCCUGUAGAGCCGCAAGGGAAGGUUGAGCAUGCUGUGCGAAAGGAAGAGAGGAGUAAAGUAUCUACUGGUAAUAUACAGUUGUCAAAUAAGGAUCAGGUCCAGUUGCCCUGUUGUGACUUUUAUCUUGAACAUACGGGUGUGCGCUGCAAUGAACCCAAAUCACUAAGUCACAUGUUUUCUGGCUGUGAGAAGAGUGUGAAUGGUGUGUUUUCUCGUUUAGCUUUGGGCUCAGAUGUAUAUGGACAGGAAAAUGGUCAUUGUGUAGACCAUGAAGAAUGCAACGAGGAUAAAUCUACAGAUGAAGUUGUGGCAAUGUUAUCUCAAAGCCGCCGCCAUUGGUCAAAGUUUAAAGGGUCUAGUAUACAUUCUGACUUUAACCAUGAUUAUAAAUUUCCUGUAGAGUCACAAGAAAACCUUGAGCAUGAAGGUAUGCAAUUGGAAGAGGCAAAAGAAUUGCUUACUGGGAAUAUUCCCUUGCUAAAUAAGGGUCAGGUCCAGUUGCAUGGUUGUGAUUAUUCUCUUGAACACAAGGGUGGGUGUGAUCGUGAACCCAAAUCACUAAAUCAUGAUCUCAAAUGUCGUGAGGAGGGCAGGAACAGUGUGUUUUCUCGUUUAAUGUUGGCUUCAGAUGUAUUGGAACGGCAAAAUGGUGUUGAAGUUGGCCGUGGGGAAUGUGACGGGGACAAAUCAGCCGACGAAAUCAUGACAACAUUACGUCAGAGUCACUCCCAAUGGGCAAAGACUAAGAAGUCUGGUAUCCACCCUUCCUUUAACUUUGACUAUGAAUUUCCUGUAGAGUCACAAGGGAACCAUAAGCAUGAAGGUAUGCGGCUGGAAGAGAAGAAAAAAUCCUACACUGGUAAUAUUCCUUUUUCAAAUAAGGGUCAGGUCCAAUUGCACAGUUAUGAUUAUUCUCUGGAACAUAGGGGUGUUUGCCACCAUGAAUCCAAAUCACUAAAUCAUGAUCUCAACCGUCAUCAGCAUUCUGGAAACAUGUCUUCUGGCUGUGAGAAGGGCAAGAAUAGCGUGUUUUCUCGUUUGGCUUUGGCUUCAGAUGUAUUUGAACAAGAAAAUGGUGAUGCCGUUGGCCUUGAGGAGAAAAGAGACGGGGAUAAAUCGGCAGACAAAAUCAUGGCUAUCUCACGUCAGAGUCGCUGCCCAUGGGCAAAGACUGCAAAGUCUAGAUCAUUGUUCAAGCAACAAGAUGUUGAAAAAUUUAGAAACAAAAAAGAAACAACCUUUUACCCCAAGUUGGAAGGGAAUUGCUGGGAAAUGAACUCAAAGGAGACUAAAAUGAACGAGACUUCAACUGUUGAAGAGAUUGUUGACAAAACUGGUGAAAGAACUUUUGCGGAUUUCAAUCGUCAGAGUGCUAGAGGGACACCAUAUGUGGAUUUCAAACGUCGGAGUGAAGUUCGAAAAAUUCAUGAUGAUAUGAAGAGUAGAGUCUGUGAUGAAAUUGCUGGGAGUGAUUGCUUGUCUGGCAUCCAGCGCAAAAGAAGAAAGUUGAUUAGGCCAAACUUUAGUCAGAGUCUGGAUGUAUUAUCACAAGAGAGUUCUUUUAAUAGUGAAGAUAAAGAGGAAAGUUGCAAGGCUUUGGUUGGGAGCUAUGAUAAGGAAAACAAGUUGUCCUCAAGUGCAGAAUUGCUGCUUGUAACUUGUUCAAACAGUUGUGAGGAUAAGAACAUUAACAUUGAUGUUGAAAGAGGUUCAAACUAUGGAGAUUUCAAAGCUGGAAAUCAUGAGACUUUUUCUAGACUUGACCGAAAAGAGUCUUCAAAAGAUGUUGGCAUCCAAAAUGCUUGUGAAGAGAAGAUUCCUAAUGCUGAUGAUGGCUUGGGAAUUAAUGAUCCCAUGGCGGAUCAGUUGUCCCCAGGUUGUCUGAUACCAGCCACUUCGUCGUCAGAGUCAUUUAUAGAGAGUGCAGAAGAAUAUUCUAGAGGAAUUGUUAAUGGUGAUGGUCAACAUGGAAAGAAGUUACCUCAGAGUGUGGAAAAUGCUAAUUAACUUUGUCCUGUCAGUGUUGAGAUUGCCAUUGGUGACGCAAUGAAAGUAAUCAGAUUUGUACAAUGCGAAAGGUACCCGAAGAAUUUGUAGAAAUCAGCGUAGAUGAAGAUAAGAGAAACAAUCAGCAGUUAGCACCGGGAUCCAUUGCCAAACAGUCUUAGGUGUCUUUUGAAAAUUUAAGGUGCUUCAAUUUUGAAAAACAAUUGUAAGUUUUCUGUGAGGGGAAAAGUUUGGGCGUGGAGAGAAAUUUGCUACUGCCAAUGAAGGCAACAGCUUUGAAAUUGAACAUGAUCUGAUUUUGAGAAUGGCAGUGAAGCUCUCCCCAGCAGUUUUGGAAUGGAUGAAGAACAGUAUUGACUCACCAGAAUUCAAUAUUAUCUCAAGGGCUUGCAGAUAUCGUUUCAAGAUAAGGAGUCUUUUGUGGAAUAUUCUGUCAUCCCGAUUGAAGCAUCUGGAUUUUACUCUUUUUUUUUUUUUUUUUUUUAAACAGGGCUAAAGAUAAAUGAAAUAGAUGUUGCUGGUUAGUAUAUGACUUGAACUAACAAGGUCAAUUCUGCAGCUGAAAUGCAUGUCCCUGCGCUUCUCACUUUAAUUGUUUUGUCACUUAGGUAGCCUUGGUGGUGGCAGGACCAUUUUCUUUCCACUUUUUUGAAGAUUCUUUUGUUUGCUGGGGUAAAUUGCUACAGUUUCAAAUACAGAUAGAAUUACCAUUUUGCUGUUUA